UAAACAGUCGUUAUUUUUUAGCGACCGUUUAAAACAGUCGUUGAGUUUCUUAUUUUAGAUUUUUAGAUUUUUUUAAUUUAAACGACUGUAUUAAACGGUCGCUGAUGACAAAAAAAAAACGAAGACAAAGUAAAGUUGCCUGUUCUCUCUCCUCAUUCCUCCCUCUCCUUAACCGGUAAACCCUAAUCCUUCAUCUCUCUCCUCUUCAGAUCUGCUCCUUCCUCCUUCCCCCUCCCUCUCAAUCUACCAAAGCAACGGACGCUUAUUGAAGAGAUAGUCAGAUAGAGACUGAGGAGAGAGAAAGUGAAACAAGAAAAAAAAAGAAUCCAAAAAAAGGGUUUCUUCAACUCUCCAUCUCUAAGAAGUAAUGUAAUCCAAAGACCUAGCUUUUUUGAUAUGAUUACAUUACUUUCAUGCUUUUAUGUCUGCAGUGUUAUGCAACAUGGUUUGGUGCAUGCCCUGGUUUGAAAGUACUUGCUCCAUAUUCAGCAGAGGAUGCCCGAGGGUUGCUCAAAGCUGCCAUUAGGGAUCCAGACCCUGUUGUUUUUCUAGAAAAUGAGCUUUUAUAUGGUGAAUCGUUUCCUGUUGCAGAUAAAGUUCUUGACGCUAAUUUCCGCCUUCCAAUUGGGAAAGCAAAGGUAGAACAACAAGGGAAGGAUGUCACAAUCACUGCUUUCUCUAUGAUGGUGGGCAACGCUCUCAAGAUGGAUAUGCUCCAAGUCACACUUCAGAAAGAAGCAACUGAUUCUAUAACUGCAUCCAAGGCAGGAAAAUGGAGAUGCUCUCGUUAGGUUAUACAUACACGAGCCCGUUAUUUAUCUGAUGAUGCAGCAAGCCAUCAAGGGAAGUGGCUUACGAGAGUUGAAUAUAGAAUAUCUGAAGAAAUGUGACUUUGAAGCUUUUGUUGUUAGAGCAUACUUCUUUGUGUUCAUCUUCAAUCUUGCGUCUUCUGAUUUUUAGGGAGUUUUGUGUAAAUUAGUUAUUUAGUUUCCAAAGUACUCUGACCAUUAUUGUGGAAUGGCAAAUUUUUUUCUGUUUACAAUUUUGCUUUGGGAUAUUGAUUUGUUCUUCCAUCCUUUUCUUCUUGGUUGAAAUAAUUUCACUGCGUUGGAUUCUCUAA